AGAGAAGUAAACUCGGCGAUUUCGAGCUUGUUCCCCGACGAGUUUGUUCCUGAUUCACCUUCCUCUGUUCGUCAAUCUCCUAACUUUAAAGAAUAUAGUGCCAGUUACACAAGCAAGUGGCAGAGGUGGUCGGAGGAACUUUGCUUCAAGUAACUCUUAUCAAGGUGAAACUUUGGUGAGAGGGAGAGUUUUUGUGAAAGAAAUCAAUGGAUUUAGAUUUUGAUGAUCAACCCUCGGAUCACGCUGCACCGGCAGUUAGGGCUGGUGCAAGGUUUAAACCAAAAGGUAGACCACAACCCAAGAAGAAGCAAGUCUCUCUUUCCACAUCCCAAACAACACUCUCUACCGAUGCUGCCAAGGAAAUACUCUCAACACAAAGCGAAGAUCCGGUUCCUCUAGACGGAUCACUGGAGAUUCCCAGCAAUGCUUUACCUUCUGAGACUACUGUGCCGGAUAGUGGAACCAUUAACAAAUCUACCAUUGGAACAGUAUCAGAAGAGAAUGUAGAUGUAUUCCCAAGAGGGGUUCAUUGGUCUGUGAAACCAUCUAUUCUUCGUGCUUGUAAUAACGUGAAUUUGGUGGGAAAAAGACGUGAUGAUGACAUAGAGGCGGCGACUUCAUUUCCUGAUGAUCCCAGAACACAAGAUUCUACAAUAUUUGGAGAUUAUGUGACUCCUGAAACCGGGGAAGACGAAGGUCGUGUGGACAUGGAAACUCUUGAUAUUGUACAGGAGGAAGGCACCACCAGUUCAUAUGUGCAACAUACUGGAAAGUUGCAACCAAAACCUAGAAUACUCGAUACUGUGGUUGAAGAACCUGAGCCUCAUUACUCCGCUGGUGAUACUGGUUAUUUUCCAAUGGGUACGAACGAGUCUGAGUUUAUGGUCAAUGUGGAAUCAAGAAACGGUUUCAGUACUUAUGGAGAUACUCAAGAAGAAGAACUUAAUAUUCCUGAAGCCCCCAGAGAAAUGGUUCAUGAGAUGGAGGCGCGAAAUGCUUCUGGCGGAUGGGAACACGAAGAACAGGGUGUAUCCCCUUGUACAAACAAUACAGUUACAGGAGAAGAAGAAAAUUGUUUGGGGAAAACAGUAGAAGAACAGUCUGGAAAAGAAAGCAAAACUGGAAAAUCGAAGAGAGCUACUUCUCGAAAGCGGAAAAAGACAAGUGAAGAACCAAAUAAGUCUAGCGAAAAAACAGAGCAGAAGAAGUUCAAGCAUUCAAGUCGUCGACAAAAAAGAACACUGGAGAAGGAAUUGCUUGAAACCCCGGAUGAUGAAAUCAGAUCUCUGCCUCUUAGAGAUAUGCUUCGCCUUGUCGAAUAUAAAGAAUGGAUGGAGAAAAAGGAAGCAAAGGGAGCUGGUGUGCAACCUAGCCAAGAAAGUAAUAUGAAUGCAUCAGAGAGCCAGUAUCAUUCUCAAGGUUUUGACGACGAAGAUGAAUUUGGUGAAUUUGGUGUAGAGUCGAGCGAAAAUCAAGAAAAUAAUGUAGUUAAACCGGAUUCACCGGUUAACUAUCAAACCUACAUGAACAAGACUUCAAGAACUCGAUGGUCAAAGCAAGAUACAGAACUCUUCUAUGAGGGAAUUCAGGAGUUUGGGAGCAAUCUAUCGAUGAUACAACAGCUGUUUCCUAAUAGAACACGUGAACAGAUGAAGCUCAAAUUCAAAUUGGAGGAACGCCGAAAUCCAUUGAAACUUAAUGAUGCAUUAUCAAGUCGCUCAAAACAUUUUACUCAUUUCAAGAACGUGAUUAAGAAGCUUCAACAAGAAGCCGCGGCUGCAAAAGAAGCUGAAGAAGAAGAAGCUGGAACCGAGGCAGAGACACCUGAUGUUCCCGAGAAUGAGGAGCCGGAGAAGUCUGAGGAGACGGAGCGAGCCAGUGAUGGAGGAGCAGCUGGAGUUAAAGAAUCGGACGGUGGGGAUAUUGAGAAUGGCGUGAGAUCGGACGGUGGAGAUGAAUCGCGAGAGUUUUGCUUCAUUCGGAAUCUUAAGAUGUCAGGUCAUGUUGAUCGAUUCGCAAUACCAUGUUUUGAGGGAAUAUUGAGCAGUGAUGAGAAAAAAGAAAGAAAGUCUGAUUUUGAGAACUCGGAAGAUGAGAGGAGAACAAGAAUCGGUUCGUUGAAGAAGAAAGCAAUCAAUGCAUCUACCAAGUUCAAACAUUCUCUCAAGAAGAAGAGAAGAAAAAGUGAUGUCCGGGUUAGUUCUGUCUCUAUCGAAGAUGUUCGUGAUGUCGAGGAGCUUCAAGCGGUUGAUGAGUUUAGACAAGCAUUGGUAAUGGACGAGUUGCUUCCCCAUAAACACGAUGACUAUCACAUGAUGCUGAGGUUCUUGAAGGCUAGGAAAUUCGACAUUGAGAAAGCUAAGCACAUGUGGGCAGAUAUGAUCCAGUGGAGGAAGGAAUUUGGUACCGACACUAUUAUUCAGGAUUUUCAGUUUGAAGAGAUUGAUGAUGUUCUGAAAUAUUACCCGCACGGUUAUCACAGUGUUGAUAAAGAAGGCAGGCCUGUGUAUAUUGAAAGGCUAGGGAAAGUUGAUCCUAACAAACUGAUGCAAGUUACUACCCUUGAUCGAUAUAUAAGAUAUCAUGUUAAGGAGUUUGAGAGGAGUUUUAUGAUCAAGUUUCCUGCCUGCACAAUUGCUGCAAAGAAGUAUAUUGAUUCAAGCACCACUAUUUUGGACGUCCAAGGAGUGGGGCUGAAGAACUUCACAAAGUCUGCUCGUGAGCUUAUUACACGGUUGCAGAAGAUUGAUGGAGACAAUUAUCCUGAGACGCUCCACCAAAUGUUUAUCAUCAAUGCAGGGCCAGGAUUCCGUCUGCUUUGGAGCACUGUGAAAAGCUUUCUAGACCCCAAAACAACUUCUAAGAUUCAUGUACUCGGAUACAAGUAUCAGACUAAAUUGCUUGAGGUUAUUGAUUCCAGCGAGUUGCCUGAAUUCUUGGGAGGUGCAUGUACUUGCGCAGAUCAGGGUGGUUGUAUGCUUUCUGAUAAAGGGCCUUGGAAAAAUCCAGAGAUUGUAAAGAUGGUACUUCAUGGGGGAGCUCACCGUGCGAAGCAGGUGGUGAAAGUUCUUAACAGCGAGGGGAAAGUCAUUGCUUAUGCUAAGCCGUCUUAUCCAUGGAUAAAAGGAAGUGACACAUCAACUGCAGAAUCAGGUUCUGAAGCUGAAGAUAUCGUUGUGUCUCCAAAAGCAGUAAAGAGUUAUUCCCACCUCCGCUUGACCCCUGUUCGUGAAGAGGCAAAGGUAGGCUCUGGUGAAACGAGUUUUGCCGGUAGUUUUGCAGGUUAUGAUGAGUAUGUUCCAAUGGUUGACAAAGCUGUUGACGCCACCUGGAAGGUUAAACCCACCGCCAUCAACAGGGCUCCUUCUAAAGGAGCUCAUAUGCCUCCAAAUGUCCCAAAGGAUCAUGAAAGCUUCAGUGCUCGUGUCCUAGUAAUUUUCAUGGCUUUUGUGAUGGCGAUUCUCACAUUCUUCCGCACAGUAUCAUACCGUGUUGUGACUAAGCAGCUUCCACCGCCUACAAGCCAACCGCAAAUUGAAGGAAGCGCUGCUACAGAGGAAGCUGAUCUCCUCAAUUCAGUGCUGAAGAAAUUAACCGAACUUGAGGAGAAAAUUGGAGCGCUCCAGUCAAAGCCAUCUGAGAUGCCUUAUGAGAAAGAGGAACUGCUUAAUGCAGCUGUCUGCCGUGUAGACGCCCUUGAAGCCGAGCUCAUAGCCACUAAGAAGGCUCUUUAUGAAGCUCUGAUGAGACAAGAAGAAUUACUCGCUUACAUUGACCGUCAAGAGGCAGCUCAGAACCAGAAGAAGAAGAAGAGGAAGCAAAUGUUCUGUUUCUAGAAGAAGAAGAAUCAAAUGUUUGUUUCUAG